AUGAGCGAAGAAAACCGAAAACCCACCCUGAACCAAGCAAUUCUCCUCAUCUCCUCGUUAAUUUCCAUCACCCACUCGAUUAGAAUCUUCACCGGAAGAUGGAAUUCGAUUCGGAGCAAGCUCGAAGAGCUCCUCUCCAACCUCUCCGCCGUCGGAAACUGCGACUCCGGUGAGAAUCUCUCCCUCUCGAUCGCCGUCGACUCGAUUCUAGCCACGCUCCGUGCCUGCGACGAGCUCGCGCGGCGGUGCCUGGAAUUCUCCUACACCGGGAAGCUCCGUACGCAGAGCGACAUCGACAUUCUUGCGGCGAAGCUCGACGGCCACGCGAAGAGCCUCUCCGACAUCUAUGCCGCGGGCUUGCUCACGCAGAGCUACGCCAUUGUCGUGUCGAGGCCGAGCGUGUCCGCGUCCAAAGACGAUAUGAAAUUCUACGUCAACGAUUUGCUCUCCCGGCUGAAAAUUGGGUGCAGGGAGAUGAAGAAGCAGGCGCUGACGGCGUUCAACGAGGCUAUUCAGGACGACGAGAGGUACGUUAAAAUCGCCGUCGAGAUUGACGGAUUUGUAAAUUGCCUCGUGAACCUUCUCGAUUCAGGGGAAGUUGAAAUUCGAGAGGAGGCCUGCAGGUCGGCUUCGUUGAUCUCGGAUUUCGGGAGGUAUAAGCCCCUGUUAAUUGGCGCCGGAGUAGUUCCCCCAUUGAUAAGGGUUCUCGAGGCCGGAAAUCAGCCUAGCCGUGAAAACGCCGCUAGGUGUUUGAUAAAAGUCACCGAGAAUUCAGACAAUGCCUGGUCGGUCUCCGCUCACGGUGGAGUAGCAGCUCUGUUGAAAAUCUGCAGGAAUAAAACCGAAUUCAGUAGCGAAUUAAUGGUUCUCUCUUGCCGGAUCUUGAAAAAUCUGGUCGGAGUCGAUGAAAUCAAGAAAUUCGUAGUGGAAGAAGAAGGCGCCAUCUCCACUCUCAUCGAGCUCAUCAAAUCCAAAGAUGAGCCCACGAAAAUCGCCUCACUCGAAUUGAUUCAAGCAAUGGCCUACCGAGACUCGCCCCUCCGGGAAAAAAUUGCGCGUGAGGGAGGAAUUCGAGCCCUUCUUAGAAUCCUCGACCCGAAAUCAACCGUCUCGAACAAAACCCGCGAACUCGCGUUCAAGGGCAUCACGAGCAUAUGCUUCUCGUCCGAAAACUCGAUCAACGUUUUGAUAAACUACUCGUUUAUCGAUCACAUACUCUACUUCCUAACCCACGGGGAGCGCGAUAUUAAUCUGCAAGAAUCGGCUUUAAAAGCCGUGUUUUGGCUGUGUGGGGCUUCGGAUGAAGCGAAGAAAGUUAUGGGGGAAACGGGUUUCAUGCCCGUGCUCGUGAAGUUUCUCGACUCGAAAUCGUUUGAAGUUCGGGAGAUUGCAGGGGAGACUCUUUCGAGCAUGCUAAGCGUGCCGAAGAAUAGGAAGAAAUUUGUGGAGGGAGAGGAAGAGAAUUUUGUUGUGCUAAUGAGGAAGCUCGACCCGAAGGAGGAAAAUGGUGGGAACAAGAAGCUUUUGUUGUCGAUAUUGGUUUCGUUGGCGGGAAGUAGUGGACGAGCGAGGAAGAAGAUGGUGAGGUCGGGAUAUUUGAGGAAUGUCGAGAGGUUGGCGGAGGAGGAAGACGAGUCGGAUGCGAAGAAGAUUGUGAGGAGGGUCUCGACGGGUAGGUUGAAGGGGAUUUGGGAAGGGCUUUGGCAUUCUUGA